AAAUAUUAUCAGAAAAGGCGGUGACGUAAUAGAUAGGUGGGAGAGAUCCACGAAGGGCGUCCCCUUCUCCAUUGCAUUUGCAAACCCGAAGCUCUUUCUCGGACCCGUCCACUCUCCCUUUCACUGCCUCCUUCUGGUUCCCACUCCUCUGUGCUUCCUUCUUAACCUAGGGUUUCCUUGGUGCGCGAGGUAUCUGUCUCUCCGGCCCCAUUGAGGCGGUUAAUCGGUCUUCGUCUUCUCGGGAAUCGGUUUUUCUCUUCGGAGAAGUGUUGGCAUUGGCAGAAUCGCCUCAUCUGUUGCUGCUUUCUGUGUUUGUUUCGCUUCCCUUUGUUUUGAACUUCUAGAUUUGUUGAUAGGGUUUUGUGGAUUUCUUGUUUGGGAGGAGGGUUUUUGAUGAUUGGUUGGGAAAUCUGAGUGAACUUCGACUUAGUGGUGAUUUUCGCGAUUUUCUGUCUUUGAGGGUUGUAUUUGAUCGAGUUUUUUUGGGGGAGAUAUAGUCAUGGCUUCUUACAGGCCAUAUCCUCCACAAUCGUCUUUCGGUCCUUCACCGGGUCAAAACCCGAUUCCGCCUCCACCAGCGCCACCGGCGGCUUCCGUUCCUACGCAACAGCGAGGGGGUAGUCAGUAUAAUCAGAAUUGGGGUGGUUAUGGUGGUGAUGGGUCCGUGCCUCCUCCUGCUUCAUCUUCAUCGUAUCCCCAAAAUUACAACCAAGUUCAUCAAAGUUCUAAUUUCCACCAGCAACAUUAUGGUCCGCCGAGAAGCCAACAGCCUCCACCUCCUCCUCCUCCUCACCAGUCGUAUCCCUAUGCACCACAGCCUCCGCCGCCUCCGCCGCCCGAUUCUUCCUAUCCACCGCCUCCACCCCCGCCAGCGUCUUCGCAACCUUCUCAACAUUACUUCCCCCCUUCACAAUAUCCCCAGGGUAAUCAAAAUCAGCAGUCAAUCCAGCCACCACCACCUCCACCCUCAUCUCCACCCCCGAGCUCCUCAAUCCCGCCGCCUCCACCCCCAAAUUCUCCACCACCUCCAUCAGCGCCUCAGCCAAAAACAGAGGGUUCAAGCGUGGGAGCACACGAGCGUGAUAAAGGGGUUUCAAAAGAUCCCUCAUAUGGCAGGCGUGAACGUGAAAAUUCAAAUCAUGAUAAACACCAGAGGCACUCUGGUCCCCCAAUGCCUCCGAAGAAAUCAAACGGUCCUUCAGGGAGAAUAGAGACUGAUGAUGAGAAAAGACAGAGGAAGAAGAGAGAGUUCGAAAAACAAAGGCAAGAUGAAAGGCAUAGACAUCAUCUAAAAGAAUCCCAAAACACUAUUCUGCAAAAGACUCAAAUGUUAUCUACUGGGAAGGGGCAUGGAUCAAUUGUGGGGUCCCGAAUGGGGGAAAGGAAGGCCACUCCAUUUCUUAGUGGUGAGAGGAUAGAAAAUAGGUUGAAGAAGCCAACAACAUUUUUGUGCAAGUUGAAAUUCCGGAACGAGCUUCCAGAUACAAGUGCUCAGCCAAAACUCAUGUCGCUGCGGAAAGAGAAGGAUCACUAUACAAGAUAUACAAUCACUUCACUAGAGAAAACGUACAAACCUCAGCUUUAUGUAGAGCCAGAUCUUGGAAUACCUCUGGAUUUGCUUGACCUCAGUGUAUACAACCCUCCUAGUGUUAGAAUACCCCUUGCUCCUGAAGAUGAGGAAUUAUUACGUGAUGAUGUAUUGAAAACUCCGGUUAAAAAGGAUGGUGGUAUUAAAAGAAAAGAACGUCCUACUGAUAAAGGUGUUGCCUGGCUUGUUAAGACCCAGUACAUCUCUCCUCUUAGCAUAGAAUCCACGAAACAGUCUUUAACUGAAAAACAAGCCAAAGAACUGCGAGAAAUGAAGGGAGGGCGCAAUAUUCUCGAGAACCUCAAUAAUAGGGAAAGGAAAAUUAAGGAAAUUGAUGCAUCAUUCGAGGCAUGCAAGUCACGCCCUGUUCAUGCAACCAAUAAGAACUUGUAUCCUGUGGAAGUUUUACCUCUUCUACCUGAUUUUGAUAGGUAUGAUGAUCCAUUUGUUGUGGUCGCAUUUGACAAUGCUCCCACAGCUGAUUCAGAGACUUUUAACAAGUUAGAUCAAUCCAUUCGUGAUGCACAUGAAUCACAGGCGAUAAUGAAAAGCUAUAUGGCAACAGGCUCAGAUCCUUCAAAACCUGAGAAAUUUCUUGCUUACAUGGUUCCUUCUCCAGAUGAGCUGUCGAAGGAUAUUUACGAUGAACAAGAAGAUGUCUCGUAUUCCUGGGUUCGUGAGUACCACUGGGAUGUACGAGGUGACAAUGUGGAUGACCCCACUACAUAUCUCGUUUCAUUUGAUGAUGCAGAAGCUCGUUAUGUGCCACUUCCUACAAAGCUCGUUCUUAGAAAAAAGAGGGCUAAAGAAGGGAGAUCAAAUGAUGAGGUUGAACAUUUUCCUGCACCUGCAAGAGUGACUGUAAGGAGAAGACCAACUGUAGCUACUUUGGAAGUGAAGGAUCCAGGGGUUUACUCUAAUUUGAAAAGAGGGUCAGAUAUUGAAGAUGGUCUUGGGAGAUCACACAAACAUGAUAGACACCAAGACAUGGAUCAAUACAGUGGAGCUGAAGACGACAUGUCCGAUUGAUUAGCUCUUUGGUACAAUCGAUUAAUUUGGCUUCCCAUAGAUUAUCCCCCUAGUGCAAAUGCGAGUAUCUGGCAGGAACUCGCCCAAAUUUUUUUAUACCACCAGAUGUUUAUGGUGCUUUGUUGAGUGUGUACGUUACAUAUCUAUUGCUACGCUAAUUCAAGUACUUGUAUGCAUUCUUGAAUAUUUCUUAAUUUAAUCUGUACAGUUCUCCCCGGCA